CGCUGGGCGUGGGGCCUCUGUGGUGGUCCUGAUGUGCCCCAUGCCGCAUUGUCUGUAUCUACAGUCAACACAGAGAGCCGCGGCGUGGGGAUCAAGCAGAGUCAGCUCUCUGUGAGCUCCCACAUUGUACAAGAGGAUGAAUUGUUGAAAGCCAUAAGAAGCAACGAACCAUUGCGUCUAACGUUCACUCUCCACUUGACUGAGAGUACAUCCGUCGAGUGGGAGACCGUAGCAUGGCGCCGCUGUCUAUACAUUCGCGUACCCAGCUGCCUUCUGCCUGAAGGAUCAAAAGAAGGCUUUGUUUCGCUCCUAGAAUAUGCCGAAGAAACACUACGCUGCACCAAUAUCAUUGUUUGCCUUCGCAAAGAUAGAUCAGACCGAGCAAUGCUGGUUCGUACCUUCAUGUUCUUGGGUUUCACGGUCCUGCCGCCAACUCAUGCCUUGGUACCACCAGGCAGUGACGCUGGCAAUCUCUACAUGCUCUAUGCCAUCGAGUAAUCGGCAAGCAGUUCUGCCUCUCAAAUUUAACGCGCAGGUACUACCAAGUCUAAGGUAAAAUUCUGAAAAGGACAAUUGGAAAAUUCUGGGAAACGGCACAUUUUUCUUUUAUAUUUUAAGUUUUACUAUACAUAUAUAAUUUGGCUUUUCUUAUUAGUUGCAAAUUGGGAAAUGUAUAAGUUUCGAAAACCACAUUUAUAUCAAACGAUUAUCUCUAGUGCGGAAAAACUUCGGCGUUAAAUUAAAGAGGCUUGAUGAGAAAA